UUUUCAAAAGCAACUUUCGCUUGUCAGCAUGAAUUCAUCACCCGUUUUGUUCCCCCUUUUUUUUGGAUCUCUUUGGACUCUUGUGACCAGGUUAUUUUUUUCAUUUCGAGGUCAGAGUGGGAGGAAGGUUCAUUCAAAACUUUCUUGCAGCAUGAAUCUCGCUCAUCGCCGUUGAGAUUUGUUACCUACACUCGUGCCGAAGGUUUCUUGCUCGAAUUUUAAACGCAGGUCUUCGGUCCCCGAUCGUACAAAGCCUUGGACCUCUCCACGGAACGUCUGAUGUGAUGAAUUUUCUGUGCUGAUCAGAAUGAUAUGUGGGCAGCGUGUAUUCUUCUAGAAUCCUUUCAAGGAGCAAGUAGAGUGUAUUACGAUUUCGUUGUGUUCCCGCGUUGGUUUCGCUGGGAUGUUAAGAUUCAGAGUACAUACUGUCGAUCAGUAGAACUUUAUGGGGAGACUGUACGAGUGAUUACCUCCUGUCUCUUUAACUUGCGACAAGCUUCAUUACUGGAGGUGACAUAACAAUGAUGAUAGGGUGGAUUGAUCUGACUGAUGAAAGUUACAGUUCUUGAAAUUGCUUGCAGUGAAAUGCAAACGGUGAGCUGCGAACCUGAAAUUGUAUUAGAGAUUCUCCGUUGUCCACUGUCGAGAAGAGUCUAAGACGUGGAGCUUGUUGUCGAAUUGCGCGAGCCUUCCUCUAGUGAAUAGGACUUGAAAAUCGACAUUUUCAGGGCUUCACAAUUCCCUCACCAUUAUUGAGUUGGUGCUCUUUCUGCCCGCGCUUCUGUCUGGUUCAUGGGCAAUGCUCAAUCUGACCAUGGAGAGCUGAGCGGAAAUAGAGUAUUGACUACUUGGAAGAAUUGAUUUGUGCAAAUCGACAAGUGGCUGUAUUCCGUCCGGGAUUAUUCCUAGCGUUUUCAUGGCAGAUGUUAGAUCGCCAAUUCACCACUUCGCGCAGUCUCCUAGAAUCGGAGGUUGCACCGGAGCUCUCUCACAACUUUUUGACUGGAAUCUCAGCAAAGCUCGCUGUUCUUCUACCAAGCGCCUUCCGGCAGUCCGUUUAGACAAGUCCCUGGAAAAAUCUAAGAGCGUCCGGGAUGAUCGCAACUCGGACGUCAGAAAUGACGUGCAUCAAUGUUCCUCACGAGUUACCGAGAGCUCCCACGAAACGAAUUGCGGAGUCUCAAUCUCUCCUAAAAUUGAGACUUUUUCAAAGCCCAAGAGUCCUGGUUCCAAACAUCAACGUUCACGAAAUUUCAGUGGUGUUGAGUCGGUGUUGCAAACGGAGAAGGAUAAUGUUCCGAAGAAAUUGCCAUUGCGAGAGUUGUCGUCAUCAGAGCUGAAUUGCGUAGACAGAUCCUUGGAAGAUAAGGCGCAUGUAACUCCUGUUGAGUUCAAGAAGCAGCACGAGAAAAGAGUAAGAAAGGGCUCUUCACAGACUCCAGUUAGCACCUUUGUGCCAUAUUUGGGGUCCCCAACAGGAUCUUGCCGUUCUGUCUACACCCUGCCAUAUAAACAGAAGGGCGAGAAGUCACCAUUUGUAUCGCGCUUACAUCCCAGCCCGGUGUUGCAGCCAUCGAAGGACCACACUCAGAAUAUCACUCCAUCCAGUGGUGCCAGAAUUGGAAGACGGGCUUCUCGAUUGCUUGAAGCUGCCGUGAAGAUUUUGGAAGAGAUUUCUGAUAGUGAGCAAUGCAUGAGGACAGUCUCGGAACUAAGCCCUCUCUCAAGUGGCGAUGAUUUGCUGCAUUGUCCGUCGAUGCGAAAAAUGUGGAACGACAUCAAAGCCUUAUCUUCAACCCACGGUGUGAGAAAUAGAUCUUUCAUAAGUCAUGAGUUGGUUUCUCAUCGGAAAUUGCACAAGAAAGAUAGGGUGAGCAGAGACAAUUUUGAUAAUUAUUCAUUAAAUUCUAAUCAGUCAACCGAGAUGAAAGCUUUAGGAAUCCUGGGAACUCAGGAGGCCUCUGUCAGGAGUUUCAAGGUAAGUGUUGGAAAGCAUUCAGCAGGCGCCCGAAAGGACAGGGGUGAGUCAAUGGCGAGCACCACAAAUAGUGUUCCACAUGUGCACAUAAUAGCGGCAGACAAUUGGGAAAGAAAGAGGCUUGAUGCUACAUCUAAAGCAUGCCCAAGUGGUUUGAAGGAAAAGCAUCCGUACAUUUCUGACGUAAAAUCAUUUACACCUCAGCUCUCCUGCAAAGUCAAGUCGGAAACUUCCACCACCCUCCGUAAUAGCCAACGUACAAUUGGUCAGGUGGACGAUUUAGAGCUAUUAGUGUCCCCAAAGAGACAGGUACGAGGAGUUAUUGAAUUAAAAGCAAGAUCGCACCUCCAAUCUAAAUCACGAAGUGCAGCCUCAGCGACGCAGACAACUAGAAAGAACGGACAUGGGUCGCAGAAAGACAUGAAGGGUUCAGAUCCCCCAGUAGUUGUUCUGGGAGGCGAGAGGAGAACAUCUUCAUCAAAUGGCGACCACGGAAUAACGAAUUCUGAAGCAGAUGUCAAUCUAGAAACAGAAGAAAUCGUAUCACGAAAUUCUCCUGUUCUCACAAAGAAUUUUAAAGGAGGAAUCAAUUUUGCCGAGAAAUCAACCAUGGGAACGAUGGAUUAUGGUGGUAGUGAUAAUCCUCUCCACCAGGACAGUAUUUUGCCCAAUACGCUAAACGACGGAGGAUGCAAAGCCAACUUGUCUGGUGCACAUUGUAGUGGCUUUGAGUUUAGGUUCCCAGAAUUUGCUCCUGGUGGUCCUCAGAGUCCUCGUCAAACUCAUUGUGCGGUAAGAGAUCUUUUAGAAGUAGAAGAUAGUGGACGCCACAGAGGCCGGCAGGAACUCGGUUACUCUGAGGAGUUGCUAUUACCGGGAGUGGAAGAUUUCCAAUGGGAUGAUAGGAUGGCUCAUGUUGUAAAAAAUGCCUCCUUCCGUGCCAAAUAUUGCGAAACUCGUACUUCUGGCGAAUCGUUGCAGUCAAUCUACGGCACAUUGGAUGAAGAUGUCUGCAACGUUGACGAUGGAAGCUGGCCAUUGACCCAUGAUUUUGCAGAGGAACGUUUUGGAACCAAUAGUGAUGGAGAAACUUCAACGCCAAUCACUUUGAAGCGUUUUCAAGGCAACCCUUCAGGUGCGGAUGUAGACACGCAGGAGACCAGCCCUGUAUCCGUCUUAGAAUGGCCAAAUUUUCAAGACGAAUGUUGCACUACAUCGGCAUCCAGUACUACAGUGUCGGAGCAACGUGUGGAUGAAUCAUUUCAGGAAAAUGCCCACGCUAUGGAUCUCUCAGAGUUACUUGCUGAACUUGAACGCGAAAUGGACUUGUUGGAGUCCAGGUAUAAAUUUGGCGGUGUGUCAGAAUGCGCAAAGGAAACUCAUGCCGAUUUCGAUGAAGAGAAACAUUUCGUUCGAGAAGUGCUUUCGGCUGCCCAGUUACUAUCUAGUCCAAGUCGCUCACCAACAUGGUGUGGAGGGACUUUACCAGUGGAUCCAUCUCUCUUACGUAACCUAGAGGGUGAUGUGAACACUUACCAAAAGGAUUUUAGCACUGGGAGUCAUGAAAAUUGCCCCAUCAAAUCAAACGGCAAGUGGAGAUGCGAUCGAAUGCUUCUCCUCGAUUGUGUGAAUGAGGCACUUUUUCAGAAUGUCUUUCGCUACGAAGACCCGCAGCCAUGGCUGAGAAGUCCAGUUCUUAGAAAACGGCCAGUCGGACAGGAAAUGGUCGAAGAUGUCCAAGGGAAGAUACAAGGAUGGCGGGAGCUUGCAUAUCAUGCCAUUGACACUCUGAUUGAUAUUGAUAUGAGUAGUGGAGUUGGUAAGUGGACAGAUUUCAGUGAAGAAGUAGCUGAAAUUGGGAUCGAAAUUGAAAGCAUGCUUUGGAAAUCGAUGAUUGCAGAGGUGGUGCUCGACCUUGCAACCAUUACACACUGAGCCGGAGCUGCAUCAUGGUCAAUUUUUUAAUCAUCGUCUGGUGAACGAUCGCUCUCCAACCCCGGACUAGAAAAUCAACUCAAGUUGUCAACGUUGAAAAAAAAUUAAGAAAGGAUGAGGAGUUCGCUAACUGAGCGAGCUCGUUGUAGCAUUACUAUGAGCGGUCGACCAUCUUGACGAAAUACACCGCCCGAUCGAGACUAUUUCAAUAUUGAAAUCGCGUGCAUGGAACUCCGAACUGUUUGAUCUCGUUCGACCUUCACACCAGGCACACAGGUUCCACGUGAGUUUCCAGAAAAAUCAGAGAAGAAGGUAGUUGUUGAUUGUGUGAACACACUAACACAUGGACUGUGGCCACAAAUUGGGGACGUUGUAUAAUAAGGGCCAAGAAACGACAUUUUAUCAGAGGAGAAGAUGUAGCGCUGUGGCAGUUAGUACCUGCGGAGGCAAUCAUACGGUUCGACAUUGCUCAUCUUUUCUUCGCUGUAUGCACCUGAAGCAACGCAAGUAACCCCAUCUCCAAAGAGAUCCGUUUGGUCUUGUCUUAUUCAUAGAUACAUGCACAGAGUUCGCUAGAGUUGCUGGCAGACAAGAGAACCCAGCUUGGAAAACCAAUUGUUUACCUUGAUGUCAAGGGGAUACCGCUUAGGAUUCGCAAUGGAGCAGCAAGUCAUCUUGGCCUACAUUCUCUUGGGGUUCACCCACUUUAUUUUAUUUUAUUUGGUUGUGCUUCUGCUAUUCAACAUGGUAUUCAAGCUUGAUCUUUAAAUUC